UGUGUUUCCUGUUCCAGUAGAAGGAGGAAGUUGACUUGACAUCGUUGGUGUUUGUGGUUUUUGGUGUUCAUUCUUCCAGAUGGUCAGUGAAGGGGUUGUCUCAGUGUUUGUGGUCAGCAGGAAGUGAUGUCACCUGACUUCCUGUGUCCUGUUACUACCCAGGUGUCUCCACUGGAAACUUGUCCGUCUGUCUCCAGGUGUAGAGACGCUCGGCUGUCACUGUCUCCUCGGGCUCCUGUAACAGACUCAGGCCACCCAAACAUCCAGGACAUGGAGCUGAGGGAGGAGUGGCAGGAUGACGGCUUCCCCAGGCCUCUCCCAGAGGAUUGUGGGAGUCCAGAGGAGGCAGAAAGCCCAUCAGGUGGCAAACAGCAUUCAGCCCCACCCACCAGUCUCGCCCUAUCAGGAACAGUUGGGGGCGGAGCUAAGAAGCGCCUGGUCGCCCCAUCUCUCAGUCUCACUCUCAGCGGGAGAGACUCGCACGACCUGAGCAGCGACGGCUUCACCGCCGCCGCACUGUCAGCGACACCGGACGAGGCUCUGUCACUCGACAUCAAUCUGGAGGCUCUGGAGACGCCGUCAGACAGCGAGACAGGAACUCUGCCAGACAGCCUGCACGACCUGGAGUGGGAGGAUGAUCUCCCCAGGAUGGCGAGGGGCGGGGCCGGGGGCGGGGCCAUGGCCAGUAGCCCGAGGGAGCAGUCAGAUAGUCUGAUGGACCUGGACCAGGUGGACAGCAGGGGGCGGCGCUGGAGAAGGUUCUGCAUCUCCGGACAUGAAUAUAAUGUGAACAUGAGCGUGCUGGAGCCGUACCUACAGGUCCUGUCACAUGGAGGUUACUAUGGAGAUGAGAUGAAUGCCAUCAUCCUCUUCACCUCCUGCUACCUGCCAGAGAACACAGUGGAGGACUACGAGUACGUCAUGGACAAUCUGUUCAGGUACAUUGUGGGGACGUUGGACCUCAUGGUGUCAGAGAACUACCUGUUGGUGUACCUGUGUGCGAUGGCUCCCAGAAACAAGCUGCCGGCCAUAAAGUGGCUCCAUCAGUGCUACACCUCCAUCGACAGGAGGCUGAAGAAGGACCUGAAGGGGCUGCUGGUCGUCCAUCCUGCCUGGUACAUCAAAGCACUGAUCACCGUUGUCAAACCCUUCAUCAGUGAGAAGUUCAGCAGGAAGAUCCGGUUCGUCCAGAGUCUGCAGGAGCUGUCACAGUUCAUCCCCACAGAGAGGCUGCAGAUACCUGACGCCAUACGCCGCUUUGAUGAGAAUUUGAACCGGUGACGAUCUCAGACUGUCAGAGGUCAGCAGAUGGUCCUGAUGGGGGAAGGAAGCUGUCGGCCCGAUGACCUCUGACCUCCAUCCUGUACAGAAAAAGGUUGAUUUAUUCUGUCUGGUUCCUGUUGGGCUUCAUGUUGACCACACCAAACCUGAUCAGCUCCACACCACCUCACGCUGUCGGAUGUUUGGAAGUGUUGCUGCCAAUGUUGCAGCUCUGCCUCCAACACCUGUGCCACACAGGUGACCCUCCCCAGGUGUUCAGGACAUACUCAAACAUGGUUUGAGGUGUGAAGCUGCUGCAGGAACAUGAUGUAAUGAACAUGUUAGAGUGGCUGUAAGCCAAAGAAGGUUUCCUGAUUCAAACUGUUGGUCUGUUAAAAUCCAUCAUGUAAAUACUGUUGGGUCCAUUUGAGUCAUUCUCCUUUAAAAUCCUGAAGUGUGUGUUAUAGUGCUCCGGUUCUGUACAGAGAAUCAGAACCUACUGAAGGACUCGUCGGUCCUCAGUGACUCCUGCAAGAUCUUUGGGUGACGUUAAUUAUCUGCUUGAGCUUUUACAACAUUUCUACACAGAUCUCUUUUAUGUUCCAUAUUCGUAUUUAAAAACUCAAUAUUUUCGUGGUUGAGGAACAAAACGUGCUCCUGAAUCUUAUUUGAUCUGUGGAAACGAGUAAAGUAACAGCAGCAAGAGCUUCACCUGUUUCACCUGUGUGUUUAUAAAAGCAUCAGUCUAACCUUCUUCACAUGAUGUUUGUGGUUCACAUCUUUGGUUUUACAUUUUAAUAUCCACCUUUAAAUUGAUCAUCUCCAUGUCGAGCUUCACUUUGUUAGUUUCUGUUUGUGUCUGCGAUCACUUCACCACCGAGUCCUGCAGUCAGACCAGAGUCUAGAAAAAACACGCAGUGAAUGAACACAGCUGAACUCCUCGCAGCUCCUCUUCACCAGCGGCUCCUCUUCACCAGCAGAGGGCGACAUGUUCAGCUGUGCUCGCUGGCCCUUACAGGCUUCCAUAGUUACUCUGUGGUUCUCAGUCACUUGCAGGAGGACGUGGAUGACCUGGAGAAAACAUGAAGUUUAGGUUAGCUGGAUAUGAUUUACGAUCUUAUGGUGCUUCCUCUGAUCAUUAACUGAUCGUCUGAGAGGAACUGAUCACUCCUUCAGGUUUACAGAUUUAGAUUCUUGUAGAAAAUACCUCCACCUGUCGCUCUUCACAUCUUGUUUGUUCACUCUGUUUCAUUCCUGCUCAUAAGCAAUUAAAUAAAUAUACAAAAAGUAUAAUACAAAUUUUUAUAU